AUGGCUUCCAAGACUUUUAACGUUGGUGUGGUCGGAUAUGGCUUCAGCGCCAAAACAUUCCACAUUCCUUUUGUUUCCGAUGUCCCCCAUUUGAAAUUGUACGCUGUUGUUCAGCGUACACCAAAGCCCGACGACGAUGCCGAGAAGGAUCACCCCGGCAUCAAGUCCUAUCGGACUACCGAAGACAUGGUCAAGGAUGACGGAGUCGAUGUCGUCAUUAUCACUACCGCACCAGAGUCGCAUUAUCAGUUGACAAAAUUGGCCUUGGAGCAUGGAAAGCAUGUUGUCUGCGAGAAGCCCUUCACCCCCACCACUCAGGAAGCCGAGGAGCUUGUUGCCCUUGCUGAGAAACAGAACAAGUUGUUGGCUGUGUAUCAAAACCGUCGCUUUGAUGCCGACUUCGUGACCGCCUCCAAGCUCAUAAAGAGUGGUGUGCUUGGCCGUGUCGCCGAAUUCGAGACUCACUUCGAUCGUCAUCGUCCCGAAGAGCCCGCUCCCGAGGUUUCAAAGUGGAAGAACAAGGUCGUUCCCGGCGGUAGUGCGAUUUACGAUCUCGGAAGUCAUCUGUUAGAUCAGGCCGUGCAACUGUUCGGACUGCCAAACCGUGUCACUGGAUUCAUUGGCUCUCAGCGGGCGGUAAACACGUCCGGCUAUGAGGAUACUUUCACCGUCCUGUUCCACUAUAAUAACGAGGAGCAGCUCAGGUUCUGGGUCCGCGGAGAGAAGGGCAGCUUUAAGAAGUUCCAUCUUGAUAUCCAGGAGGAGCAACUCAAGAGCGGAAUCAAGCCCGGUGACAGCGUAUACGGCAGGGAACCCAGUGAAAGAUAUGGUACCCUGACCACUAUCCAGAACGGCAAGCCCGUCAGAGAAGUUGCGCCGACCGUGGAGCCCCCCACCUACUCUGAAUACUACAGAAAAUUUGCCCGCGCUCUUGCCGGAGAGGGAGACCUUCCCGCCAGCGGAGCGGAGGCCCGUGAUGUUAUCCGGUUGAUUGAGCUGGCGCAGGAGAGUUCACGACUGGGCAAGACCCUUGAUGUCUAA